CAACUUAACAGCUAAAACCAAUGCUAGCCAUCAUCAGUGAGUAGCUUUUUGCCCAGGGAGAUGGAGUCCAUAUUGAAGGGGUAUCUUCUUUCAAUGAAGAUCCCAGUGCUGAUCUCAUUAGUUUAGGUUUCAUACUCAUUGCUCACCUUGAAACUUGCAGGUCAGCACUGCAUUAAGGACACCUUCAUAAACUGUGAAGUGUUUUGUGUACAAACACUUCACAGCCAAUAGCUGCUGAGGUUGGUGGUAUCGGCUACCCUCAUGCUUCUGCUCACAUAAGAACCUUUACAGUCCAACCUGCGACAUUUCCACUGUUUUCUCGUUGAGUUUGGCGUGUCGCAGCAAGGCAGGAAGAUGGUCUCUCAGGGCAUUCAGUUCACCGGCAUAGUCAUAGCCUCGAUCGGCUGGCUGCUGGACAUUGUGGUGUGCGGGCUACCCAUGUGGAGGGUGUCCGCCUUCGUGGGCGCCAACAUCAUCACGGCUCAGACCAUCUGGGAGGGUUUGUGGAUGAGCUGUGUGGUGCAGAGCACGGGCCAGAUGCAGUGUAAGGUGUACGACUCCAUGCUGGCGUUGGAGCAGGACCUGCAGGCGGCCCGCGCCAUGAUCGUCGUCUCCAUCUUGUUGGGGAUCUGUGGGGUGUUCCUGGCCAUCGCUGGGGGAAAGUGCACCAACUGCAUUGAGGACGAGCGAUCCAAGUCGAAGGUCUGCAUCGUUUCUGGAAUUCUGUUCAUCCUCGCCGGGCUACUGUGCCUCAUUCCCGUCUCCUGGUCCGCCAACUCCGUCAUCAACAGGUUCUACAACUUGAUGAUAAUCGGAACGCCUCAAUACGAGUUGGGAGCGUCGCUGUACAUCGGAUGGGCAGCUUCUGCCUUGUUCUUGAUUGGAGGGGGGCUACUUUGCUGGAAUUGCCCCACCAUUGAGGGAGACCUUAACUACGUUUCCAAACCCAGAUUCACCCCAGUGAAGACCACUUCCGCAUCCAGAGAAUACGUAUAAAGUUUCCCUCCUAACACGGACACGAAGGCUCAAGACAGCUGACAUGUCAGCUCAUAUUUAUCUUACUGAUGAAUCCACGCAAAGUGUAAAUAUUGUACGAAUUCUCAGCUUCUGGCCAGUUUUAUGAGGGGGUUUGAUCAUGAAAAGGCUUAUGAAAGGCUUUCUUUCAUAAUGAUUACUUUGGAAACAAUCUGUUUUAGUAAUCCAAGAUAUGAAUAUUUAAUUCCUUUUGAACAUUGCAAGAGAUUUUAUUAAAUGUCAUUGUGAUCAUUUGUAUUUUUAAAGAAAUUGACCCUAAUAACAAACACAUCUAUGUGUAAAUAAAUGCGUAAUGCUUUUUCCUUUACUUUUAAAUUCUUUUUGUUCUCCAUAUAGUCAUGUAACUUUACUUGUUCUUGUGUUUGUAAUGUAAAUACACUCUGUUAAAACUGAACUAUUACAUUAUAGUUCUGUGGAAAAUUUAAAAAUAAAAUAAAAUGUUACGCAAGGACUUGAAUAUUCUUCCAGUUUAUUUCCUGGUUGGA